AGUACUUAUUUUGAAAAGCGGAAAUCGUGAUGUUUACAUCAUUAGCGCCUCUGCCCGGUCUAAGCUAGGAGCUAGCAGGCUAACGGGCAGCAGGUAGAUGUUUUCCCGGUCAGGUUUAACUAUAACCGGUGUUUUGUUAUUUAAACCUGUUCGGUCGUCGUUCAGAGCGGCGCAGUUGAACCGUUUAUGUGACGUCAGCCGUCCGGUAACCGUACACCUCCUCUCGCGGUGGUCCUCUCCGCCUCCUCUGCCCGGUGUCACCGGGAUCAGACAGUACUCCACAAACAGACAGAUGCCCAAGAAAGGGAAAACGGUAAAGGGGCCGCAGUCAGGUGGAGGUGGUGGAGCAGAACCUGAAGCUCCUGGUCCGGUGGCACGAGACAAAAGUGGUGGCGUUAGCAUAACAGUGCACGCGAAGCCCGGCUCCAAACACAGCGGCAUCACAGAAGUUUCUGCGGAGGCGGUGGGAGUCGCCAUCGCAGCGCCCCCUACCGACGGAGAAGCCAACGCUGAGCUUAUUCGUUACCUGGCUGAAGUCCUGGACCUGAAGAAGAGUCACAUAUCUCUGGACAAGGGCUCCAGGUCCAGGGACAAACUCAUCAGGGUGGACUCCUCCCUCAGUCCGGAGGAGGUGUUGAGGAGGCUCAGACAGGCUGCAGGCUGACAGGAGGGACGGGACCUGUAUUGUCCAUGUGCUCCGGUACAAGUCCUGCAGGAGGCCAGAGGACGGAGGAGCUGCCCCAGUAUGACUGCUGGGAUACCUGAUGGAACCAGAGCAUCACCUAUGGAAACGGACUGGUCCACCAGCCAACCACCAGUCAGCAGGAGGUGUUUCAGGACAGGGCAGGACAUCUGUCUGGAUACAAUGCUGUCACAUGAUUAAAUGAACUGUUGACGACUAAUAAACAGAUUCCUAUA